UGAAAUUUUUUCCACAAUCAUUUGUUGAAUUAAUGUCAUCGUCAUCAUUUUUUUCGAUCGAUUUCAUUUUCCAAUUCAGAAUAAUAAUAAUAAUACGAUAUAAACAUCAAGAUUGAAACAACAUUGAAAAGAUGGCAGCCAUAUUGUCUACCGAUCGAAUAUUGAACAAUGAUAUUAUGGUUCUAAAUGUUGGUUCUAUUGUUCAAUGUAAAACAUGUUAUAAUGAGAACAUUACCGGUGAAGUGAUGGCAUUUGAAUAUGACAAUAAAAUUCUGGUUCUAAAAAUUCCAUCAUCAACACCACCAACCUGUAACAUUGCAUGUAUCAAUCUGGAAUUUUGUGUACAUAUUGAUGUUAUUAAAGAAAUGCCUGAAUCAACAUCGAAUACAAAUGUAAAUCUUCCUGAUAUGAAUACGAAUAAGCUUGAAGAAAGAGUCAAAUCGGCUUUGAAAGAACGUAACAAUUUAAUUGAAGCAUAUAAAUCUGGUGUCAGUUCCGAUGGUAUAUCAUUAUAUUUGUCGUUGAUAAAAACAAUUGGUGGUUCGGUUACAUUAGAAUCAUUUCAUGAUAAUAAAGGACAUUGUAUAGUGAUCAAAAAGAAUACAAAAAUAAUGCCACCAUUCAGUGCCGAUUGUGUACAGGCAGUUGUAUUUCCAAAUAAAACGGCUGGUCCUAUGGCCACUGAAGCGGUUAAAUAUGCUCGACAAUUGGUUGAAAAAUUUUGGCGUGAUCAAAAUAAAGACCCAUAUACGUUGGCUAGUUAUGGUCAAACAUCGAAUAUAAUGAUGAACCAGAAUAAUAAUAAGACAACAACAACAACAACAACAGCAACAACAUCGAACAACAAUACAAAUAAUAGUAAAAAUAGUAGUAAUAAUACAUCGAAAGAAUCAUCACCGCAUUCAACGAUGGCAACAUUAUCAUCACCAACAACAUCAUCGUCAUCACAGGCUGGUUCACGAUCAUCACCAGUUCCACCACAGCCACCGCCACCAACACCAACAACAACAGUAACAGCACAGACAACGACCAUAAACAAUAUAAUAAUUUCAACGACGAAGACAUUGAUCAAUAAUUUAUCUUCAUCAAUGGGAAAUGUUCAAACAAUGAAUUCACCACAGGAUUCAACAUCAUCGUCGUCGUCGUCGUCGUCGUCAUCAUCAUCAUCAUUGCCUACAGCAUCUUCAACAUCACAUUCAGCAGCUAUGGCAACAACUGAUGCUGUUGUAUCGAAACAAAAUCGGAAAACAGUUACAAAUUCUCGUUAUUAGAAAAAAAAACUUGAAUCAAUAUGGCCAAUUAUUAUUGAAUUUUUUUCACACUAAUUUUUAAAGAUGAUG